AUGAUUACAUCUCUCAUCUUUUUCUUUCAUCUCUCUCUUUCCACCUCUCUCUCUAUAAUUUCACCCCUCUUUCUCUUUUUACUUCUUUCCACCUCUCUCUCCCUUUCUUUUUACUUCUCUUUCCACCUCUCCCUCAUUUCACCCCUUUCUUUCUUUUUCACUUUUCUUUCCACUUCUCUCAUUUCACCCCUCUUUCUCUUUACUUCUCUCUUUCCACCUCUUUCCCUUUCUUCUCUUUCCACCCCUCUCUUCCUUUCUUCUCUCUUUCCACCCCUCUCUCCCUUUCUUCUCUCUUUCCACCCCUCUCUCCCUUUCUUCUCUCUUUCCACCCCUCUCUCCCUUUCUUCUCUCUUUCCACCUCUGAGAUUUCCUUUCUUUCACAGUCAGACUAAGGUUCAACAUAUCCAUCUUUUUCUUAUCUAUACCAUCGUUUAUCUCACUAUAUAUAUAAGUGAGUUUAUAACUUUUUCUGUCAAUAUCUGUCUAUCCAUCUCUAAUUUUGUUCAUAUCCCUCUCUCCCUAUUACCAUAUCCCUGUCUGUCUCUGUCUCUCACUCUAUCUCUCUCUCUCUCUCACUAUGUUCAUAUCCCUGAAUCUCUCAUUAUUGCCAUAUGUCUCUCACUCUGUUCAUCUCUCUCUCACGCUGUUCAUAUCCCUAUCUCUCUCAUUAUCUCCAUAUUUCUGUCUCAUUAUAUCCAUAUCCGUACCUCUCUCACUAUGUUUAUAUCUCUCUACCUCUCUCCCUGUGUCUAUAUCUGUAUCUCUUUCACUAUGUUCAUAUCUCAUUCUAUUCUUAUCUAA